AGCCACGCUGGCCCGAGCCGCAGUCGAGCCUCGUACCAGGAGAGAUCCUCCUGGCGCGCCAGCUCCCUGCAUGGCCGUGUUCGCCCAAUGCAUGCACAACCUGGCUGGCGUCAAGGAGAGCAACAAGAAGUACACCGGGACAGUCGAGGUUACCAAUGCUUUGGAAGAGCCGGUGACACUGGUGUUCAGGACAACGGCGCUCCUCCUGGACAAGGCUAAGCUACACGAGGAGAAGGCCGUGCAGCCUGGGGCGACGUAUGUCUACGACGUGGGGGAGACGAAGCACUUCGACUUCCACCUCCAGGUGCAUUCCUGCGAGGGCUCACCGACCCCAACGUGGUGCCGAGUGGCCGAGGCGACGGUGGUGCGCACGGCAGGCUACAGGCUUGUCAGGGAGGACGAGGCGCCCCCUGCGGCAGAGAGUCAGAAAGCGGUCGCGCCCGCCGCUGGCGAGAACAAGCCGCCGCGCCUCAAGGCGAAUGUCGAGCAGAUCAAGGCGCCCACAAGGCAAAAGACCGACAAAUUGGCGAACAUCAAGGGCAUAUCGUUCUCGUUCUCUGCUUCCGGGUGGCUCUUCAUGUACCAGUUGGGCGUGGCAGAGUGUUUACAAAGUCACGGUAUCUGCAAGAACCCAUACGUGCAGCUCAGCGGCGCGUCUGGUGGCGCGUUGACCUGCUCCACGAUGAUCUACGGCUGCUCGAUGCCACUGCUGCGCGACACCAUCAAGGCGGCAGCCAAACGAGUGCACAAGGACACGAACCAGGCCUGGAACCUCAGGCGCUUCGUGGUGGACGCGUGCUGCGAACUGGACAUCAAGGACGGUUCCUACAAGCACCCGGCCUUUGCGGAAGGACGGGUCCAGAUUUGUUUUUCCGAGACGGAGGCCGUGAAGCAGGGCUACUCGUUGUCCUUAUUGACGGGCAAGGUGCGACAGAAUCGGGCCCACAAGUUCGAGGACACUAGCGAUGUGGUGGUGGCCUUGCUGGCCUCGAGCACGAUGGGCAUAUCUGGCAUGCCCUUCACCAUGAGGAACGCAGAGGGCAAGAAGGUGAAGGUGGCCGACAGCGCGUUCACCUCCUUCCUGCCCACGGUAGACAAGUAUUCGGUGAAGGUGAAGCCGUUCUCGGACGGCUUGGGCGUCUUCGGCGGCAGGACCGAGCUCAUGACGUCCGAGCUGGUCCCGUCGGUCUUCGGAUUGUACCCAGCCCCAAACUACGACCAGGACCAUUUGUACGAGCUUGGCUACCGAGACGCCGAGAUGUGGGUGGAAGACCACUUGGAGAGCACCAUCAGUAGGAUCAACGCAGCACCCAAGCAGAAGGCGCCGAAGUACCGGGACGUGCCUGACAGGCCGCCCGUGAGCUUCACUUGCGAGGACGACGGCCUGGCCUGGCAGGAGAAGGUGAAGAGGGCCGUGCCCGUUGAGUGGACGGACAUGAAGAACGAGAACACGUUCCAUUUGCAUGCGGAGGCCAAGCCGUUCGCAGAGGGGGACCUUGCCGUGGAGGUUGGCGCGGAGGGCAGGAGUCCCGCCGUGAGCAGCGUGGCGGCCUCGGUUCAGAUGAUGAUGACCAGGAUCCCGUCGCUGUCCCGCAAGAGCGCGGAUUCCGCCGCUGGCAGAAGAGAACAGUUGCAUUGUGUGGUGACGCACUCGGAGCUGCGAUGGGGCGUUGAGGCGCCCACUGGAUCACAAGGCGCGCAAUCCCCGCCAGAGAUGGGCGGCGGCGCCGAGGGCUCCUCCGCGCUGCUCAGCAACGGGGCACCCGCGCCCGGCCAAGGUGGUACUGACUCGCACGCGUUGACGGAGCUCGGGCCGCGAGGAGGUGCGAUGGCGAUUCCUCACAUCAAGAAUGUGCAGCACAAGAGGGGCUCCAAGGACGUGGUCGUCGAGACACAUAGCAAAGAAUAUGUGCGGCUCACGACCGAGAGUGAUAAGGAGGCCGAAAAGUGGCGCAGCGCCAUCAAGCUGGCCAUGGAGGAGCACCGCCGCGCCGCCCAGGAGCAGUCCAACUGCCGCCCCGAGGCCCCGAGCGGCAGCCCGCCGGGCCCGGACGCGGGGAAGACCCGCCUCUGAGCGCCGGCCCGGCUCUCGGAGGAGCCUCGCCGGCCUGCCCGGGAGGAGGCCCUCCUGCCUCGCCAGACUGCCCGGCGUCGCCGCGGGGCAUGAAUCUUCUGCCGGCCAGGCUACCGGCCAAAUUGCCCGGCUUACGUAACGGUGCUCCGUCCUCACUCGCAGUGCGGCUCCGACAAACGGAGCAGAGCACGGCUGCCUCUCGCGGAGCGGCUGCCCGCGGAACGCAGCGCAGCCGCCACCGAGGGGAGGCGCCAGGCAUUUCAGUGGCUCGGACAACGAAGCUUCCCUCCCCACGCCUCCUUCCUCCUUCUCC